CACUGCCGGUUGUGGUUCGAUCAUAUACCUAUGUACAUAAUACCAUGUCAGUCGUUUCCAAGUCAAUCGACUCCGGCCGAUCAAGUAAAACUUAAAGCACCGAGCGCUGUUUGUUUUUUUUUUUACCUAUAUUGUUUUUCAAUCGUAUAUUAUAGUAUUUGUUUUCAAAAGUAAUUGUGCGUCACAUUAUAAUCUAUCGAACGGUGUUUUUUUCGUUUUAAGCUUUUGUUAAAAAUUGUCCAUUUCAGUCGUCGAAAACAGAAAAAAUGAAAUUAUGGAUAAUAUUAGUUGCAACAAGCUAUGUGAUUUUGGAAUGUCUAUCCGGCACUGUAAUCCAAUUUCCUGACACAACUGAAACACAGAUCCGAGAAAAAAGACAAGCACCAGCAUCGGGAACAGAAAUAUGCGACUUCGGCGUGGAUCCUAAUUUAGUGACCUGCGAUUGGAAAAAUCGAAACGGUUCUGCGCUCAAAUGGGAACUUGGGGCUGGAACGCUUUCAAACUGGUUAGGAGGACCACCGACAGAUGCAGGCCAAGGGGAUGAUGCAGAAAAAGGAGGAUAUAUAUUUUUUGAAACGUCAUUGUUGGCGGCCCCAGUACUCCGAGUAGACGACAUCACCAUUAGAGAAGGACAGAACGCUUUUAUCGAAAGCCUAGUACUCGGAAGCACUGGCGCCGAAGGAAAAUGCAUUUCUUUCGGUUUUAAUAUUGACGGGUUGAGCGCGGCCGGAUUAAGAGUCAUCCUGCAGCCAACCAACAAAGAAGGUAGACCCGAUGGAUUUUUCAGAGUGUUAUGGGGUACUAAAGAUCCGACCAACAAAGUUUGGAUGACGUCGGAAGUCUUAUACACAUACAACAAGGAGCAUCAGAUUGUAUUUGAAGGAGUAGCAAAAGACUUGCCAGAUCCAUUCAGGAAAUUCCGUGGUUACGUCGCAGUCGACAACGUAGCUAUUAAACAGGGUUCAGAAUGCAAGGGUCAUUGUACAUUUGAAGGAGGAUUUUGUGGUUGGUUAAAUGAUGAAGACGACGACUUUAAUUGGUCCUUGGGAAGAGGAAGCAAAAAUCCAUCAACCGGACCAGCAACGGAUCGAUCAAGUUUCAUUUACGGGGGAAUGGAAGGAGGCUACGCGUUUAUUGAUUCGUCUUAUCCACGGAGGCCCGGAGACGUGGCUCGUAUGUCAAGCAUGGAGUUCGAGGCUACAGGUCCAGACACGCCGCUUUGUCUUAGGUUUUGGACUCAUAUGUACGGUAACGGCGUGGGUACAUUGACGGUGUCGAUUAGCGACACAAGAGAAGGAGGAGACAGAGACAUUUGGUCGUUAACUGGCGAAGCUGGCAACUCGUGGUAUCAAGCUGAAGUCCCGGUGGCGUCGGCAAAUCCAUUUAAAGUAGUGAUAAUCGCCAAAGUCGGUAAAAACAACUUGGGAGACAUUGCGGUGGAUGACAUUUCUCUGACGCCCGGUAGUUGUCCGACCGCUCCUCAAAUUGCUGCUGCCACUUCUGGAGACUGUACGUUCGAAGUGGACGAAUGCGGAUGGAGCAAUGUGAUAUCGAGAGAACGUUUAGACGAUAUCGAUUGGGAAAGAACUUCCGGGGCAGCUCUGAGAAGUACGAUACACGAUCAUACGUUAGGAACAGAAAAAGGAUAUUUGAUGACUUUGUCACGCUCUGCUCUUCAACGGCCUGGGAGUCGAGCUUGGUUCACAUCUAGGGACUUAAAAUCAACAGUAACACCACGCUGUUUAUCCUUUUGGUUCGUAAUGAACGAACCAUUUAUUGACGCCACCGGACCGAGCCUUGGUGCUUUAAGUAUUUAUCUAAGAAGUAAUGACAAUAGUGGUGGAAUCAUUAUGAAACCAAUAUGGAGGUUGUACAAUCACCAAGGACCCGAUUGGCAGUAUGGACAGGCGCUCAUUAAAGAUCCUAACGAUGCGAUUUUGUUCGAAGGUAUAUGGGGUUCCAGUAGAGCCAAUGGUUUUAUUGCGUUUGACGACAUAACAUUUUUCGGCGGAUCUUGUUCAACUAUCCCAGCUGGAGCCAAGGUGCGACCAGGAGAAUGCCGAUUUGAACGCGAUAUGUGUGACUGGACAAACGGCACUGACAAAUCCCCGGCGUCGUGGAGAAUGGCUACGGUAAAUAGGAGACCAGCAAACUUACCGGACAAGACAUUCGGGGCACCAGACGGAUACAUCUAUUACGAUUUGUUCAAUCAAAUAUUGGGAGCUAAUAUGGUGAGACUUAUUUCACCCGUCAUACCAGUAACCGAUGAACCACAGCUGUGUUUUUCAUUUUGGUACGCGGCUUUCGGCGCAGGCGAAUCAGCAUUACUUCAAAUUAUGAGACAAGAUAAUAGUUCGGGAGAAACACCUGCAGAAAAAAUAUGGAGUUUAGAGGCAAAAAACAUGGAUACAACGAGACCAGCCUGGAUGCCUGCCCAAGUUACCGUCGAGUCCAAUAAACCUUUCCAUAUUAUAAUGGAAGGUCAAGCGACCAACGGGGGCUUUGCUGUUGACGAUAUAAUAUUUACACCUGGCUCAUGUCCAACUCGACCAGACAAGGCAUCUGUAAAAAAUCAAAAGCUGAAAUCAGCAUAACUUAAAGUCAAGGCCAUAAUACCUAGUUGAGUGAACUAAAUUGUGGAAAUUGGACGAAGCUAUAGAUUCCAACUAAAUCAUCUAGAUAUUAUACCGGCAGUAAAAACUAAUUAUUUCAAUACUUCUAUACCAUACGGACUCUAGUCUAUUCAAUUUUAAUUGUAUUUAUCGCAGCCGGAUCUGUGCCUAAAAUUGCAUAUGUCCACCUUAAACCUUGUAAUAAUAACGAAACAUAGAGUCAAAUUUAAUAUUUUAAACAUCAUUAUUGCUUGUAGUCAUAAUAUGCACUGUAUUAAAUAAUAAACAUUUCAUCAUGGCUCAAUAAUAAGGUUAUAAAUCAUGGAUGAUAAAAUCAUAUAAAUUAUUACAAAAAAAUUAACAGAAACGGGUAUUUAAAAAAAUAGAUAUUAUUAUAUAUAAUCAAACACUUCGAUUAUUUUUAGAAAUGUUAAAUUUUAUUGUCACCAAUUAUACAUAAAUCGAUUAUUGUAUCAAAGCACAGACCCGUAAUUCAAUUAAAAUUGAAUAGAUUAUUCGGAAAAGGGACAUAUCCAAUUUUAUGCCAUUAUUAGAUUUUUAAAGAAGUAUUGUGCUUGAAUUUAAAUUUAUAAUUUAGUGUUAAAACUAAACAUAUCUAAGUAUCUUGCGGUUACUCCCACUUGAAUAGAUGGCCAGACCAGUCAAACUAUUCAAGUGGAAAUAACCGCAAAAUAUUUAAAUGGUGCAAAUACCCCUAUCGAGUUUCAAUAAUUUUUGGUAUUCAAGCAUGUAUAGUAACAUAAUGUAUGUAGUUUUUUAUGCAUACUGCAUUACUAUAUAUUAGUAAUGUUAAGUUUUUUUGUCUUUUCUAUAAAAUUCAAAUUUCUUGAGAUAUUCCCUUUUCCAAAUCACUUAUUAAAUUAUUUCUUUUAAAAAAUUGAAUACUUAAAUAUCCAAUACACGAAUAUAUAUAUUAAAUAUAAUACAAUAAAAACCUAAUUUCAAUUGCAUAAUUUAGUCGACUUCAAUUAAAUAAGCUGUAAUUUCUAACGUUUGUUUAAUUACAAAUUUUAUAUUUUUAAAAAAAUUCGUUCAACACGAAAAUAUAAUACACUUUUGAGUUGGAUUUUUAAAUAUCACCAUAAGGGCAGCUAAACAUCUUUUUAAUCGACACUAAUUUUUAUAUUCUCGUGCAAUGGUUAUCCAGAAAUGUAAAAACUCUAAUCAUAUUUAACUAACCAGUACCAGUUAUCUUUAACAAUAUACUUUAGUUGUACAAGUUCUGUAAGAAUAAUUUAAUGUAUGUUGUCAAUAACAAUUGUUCGUGUUAAAUCAAUAGGAAUUAUUCGAAAUUGGUUUCUCGCAGUUUAUGCGAAACAAAUUUCCUAUAAGCUGUAUGAUGAAGUUUGUAUUUAGUUUAAAUAAUAUUGAUGACUGAUAAAUUGUUGGAUCCCAAAACUUAGAUUUUGUUUUAAUUUAGUGUAUUUGGUUGAUGAACAUGCUCCAACAUUUUUAUAUCGAUUAGACUUAUCGGGAAUGUUGUUGUAUACAUUAUAGUUUAUUGUGAUGUUUUUUAUGGUCUUAUUAUUUUUACACAUUAUUCUGAACGUAAUUAUUCUUAUGUGUACAUUGUAUCUUCUAAUAAAAUGUGAAAUAUUAUGACGAUAUAAUAUACUAUUAUAAUAUAUCUUUACCUUUAAUAUCUUUAUAUUUUUUUAUUAAAAUAUCUCUAUUAUUUUAUAUAUUCUGUUGCUGCCUGUAAACGUUA